GCGACCUGAGAAGGAGGGUCAAGAUGGCGGAAGCGGCUGAGUCUCCAGGAGACCGGGGAACAGCAUCGCCCAGGCCCUUGGUGAGCUUGGAAUCUCCGACAAAAGGGACCGAGGUUUGCAGGCCUUUCUGAUAUAUCCAUCUCACAAGAUAUUCCUAUAGAAGGAGAAAUCACCAUUCCUAUGAAGUCUCGCAUUCGGGAAUUUGAUAACUCCACAUUAAAUGAAUCUGUUCAGAAUACCAUUAUGCGUGAUCUAAAAGCUGUUGGGAAAAAAUUCAUGCAUGUUUUAUAUCCAAGAAAAAGUAAUACUCUUUUGAGAGAUUGGGAUUUGUGGGGCCCUUUGAUCCUCUGUGUGAUGCUUGCAUUAAUGCUGCAACAAGGCUCUGCAGACAGUGAGAAAGAUGGAGGGCCCCAAUUUGCAGAAGUGUUUGUCAUUGUCUGGUUUGGUGCAGUUACUAUCACCCUCAACUCCAAACUUCUUGGUGGAAACAUAUCUUUUUUUCAGAGCCUUUGUGUGCUGGGUUACUGUAUACUUCCCUUGACAGUAGCAAUGCUGAUUUGUCGACUGGUACUUUUGGCUGAACCAGGACCAAUAAACUUCAUGAUUCGACUUUUUGUGGUCAUCGUGAUGUUUGCCUGGUCUAUCAUUGCCUCGACAGCUUUUCUCGCCGAUAGCCAGCCUCCAAACCGCAAAGCCCUUGCAGUUUAUCCUGUUUUCCUGUUCUACUUUGUCAUCAGUUGGAUGAUUCUAACCUUUACUCCCCAGUAAAUCACGAAAUGACAAUUAAAAGCCAAUGAAUUGAAAGUUCAUCUGAAAGAUGUAAUACACCAUGGAGCUUUGCCUUUGGCCCUCUAAUUUUAUUUGGCCUGUCUACUUUCAGGUAUUUGUUAACUGGGUAGGUAAGGAAAUUAAAAGGAAGCCAUAUAACAUUGUUGCCACUUAUGAAGGGAACUGAUGUUUAAAAGGCUAUCCUUUUUCUCUUAAUUUCUUUCAUUAAAAUACAUGUGUAUAUCACACACAGUAUAAUGCCUCCUUAAGGGUUGAUGGAAUUAUUGUGAUUGGUUUGGAUGGCAGUCAGUGAUCAAGAAGCAGACCCUACAAGUUGAAUAGAGUUAGUAACUAUUUUUCAGUUUUGAGAAUACCAGUUCAGAUAUAGUUCUUAAACACAUUGGCUUAUGACUAUUAGAAUAUUCCUCUCUUUUCAUAAAUAAGAAAGAAUAAUCUACAUACAUUUUCUUUUAUUUCUCUCUCACACUUAAAAAGGCAAUGACAAAUGUUAGGAAAGGGGUUCAUAGAUAUGAGAGGAGAAAACAUACAUUAAUCAGUAUUCAGAUUUUUAUCAGAGGAAAUUCUACACUUGUUGCUUGAAAAAGGAAAAAAGAGCAAGGGCAUUUAAUGAGUCAGCCUCUGGGUAUUUUUAGUAUAGUAGCAUUUCUGUCAUGCUUAACACGUUGGUUGUCAUGUGAAUUUUUAGUCUCGUUCCCUAGCUCUGAAUACACAAUCUAAGAUGUUAGUAGUCAACAUGUAAUUUUCCUUUGACUGAAGUUUCAGUGUUCCAAUGCUAGAACUUAUCCAAGUAGCAGACCUCAGAAAUAUAUUAAUAGAUUGGUAGGUCCCUAAUGCAGAUUAUGUGUAUACCUUCUCUUAAGGGUAGAAUGAGUCAGUUGGAUACAGCAUAGUUAUAACGAACUCUUCCUAAUAUUCUCUGUGGUCAGGCCUCUAACUAGAAAGUAAAGCUGUAUCAGAAACCUUCACUUAGCCAUGUGUACACAGAGGGAUUUAGUGUUCUAAUGACUGUUUAAUAGUACAGUUAAAUGUUCUGGACCUGACAUAGGAUAAGAUGGGUUUAUAGCUGCUGCCUUUUCAUAGGGAUUUAGCAGUUUUUCCAUUACAUAUGUUUUUGGGGUUGGAGAAUAACAAUUUAUUUUCUUGGUUUAGAUUUUAUUUGUAAAGUUAAUUAGCUCUCCUAUGGGCAAGCACAUUUUGCACAUGUGCACCUACUUACACUCUCAGAUAUUUAUGCAUACCGGUGUGAAGGAUUUUCAGGGAAUAGAGCAUCAAGGAUAGGCUGAUUCUGAGCUAAACAGGGCUCCUGUAAGGUAAUCUGAGCUAUUGCCUUUUAUAAAUUGUACAUUGAAGAAC